AUGGAAAUGUGGCGAGCAGAAACAGAAGCGAAGUGGAACCGAGUAAAAAGCGAAAGAACUCAUAAAGAGGCGACGUUUGCCUCAGUUUUGGGCACGAUAUUGCGCGGAGUUGAAAUCAACAGCACAAGCACAGUUUCGGCUUUUGGUAAUUAUAUUUUGAUCCACGGUCUUGUUCAGCAAAUCUUCCUCCAGCGCCAGUCUAUAGAUCUUGAUCUCACUGAGAAAUGCUUCGAGCAGGCGACACUGGAUAGAAUGGACAAGGCUCUGCGUUCGUGGCAACACUGCUGGAGCGUCGCCCCUGAGUCAACGCUGGACCCUUUGUCGCGAAAUGGGCCGGUCGCUUUCAACUCUACUGCGCUUCUUCGAAUUGCCUAUAUCCGGCUUACUGUGGACCUCGGACCUUACCGCAGCGUCAUGACAAGAAACCCGGCAUGCCUCGCAAAGUCGGUUUACGGUGGCACUGGCAUGAACCUAGCGCGCUCGCCUAGCACGGAUCUCGCCAUGCUGCAAUGCACCCGCGUCCUAGGUAUCAUCGUGAAGAAGGGAAUUGCUUUCGAACGCAAGCUUCUGGGCAUGAUUGCAGCCAUUGUCAACGAAACACUGUACGCCUCGCAAGUGCAAAAAGACUCUGAAGCUUCUGGUCGGAUUCGGAGGCUCGCUGCAUUUACAGUGAGGAUAUGGGCGGAUGCCUUGCGAGGUGAACCCAUUCUCCAUAUGGUGAAGACAAUAUCGGAUGGCCUGUCGCUAGCUGCAGACAAGCUUAUAAGUGCAAAUUGA